UAUUCUGUCUUAUUCCCGUCGAUGGAUCUCCUGAGUUGAGGCAGAGAGUGAAAAGGGGUUAGAGAGAGAGAGAGAGAGAAGAAGGGAUUAGGAGAGAGAGAGAGGCCUGCAAAAUGAGCUUUGACUCUCUUCCCCUCUCUCUCUCCCUCAGGACCAUGGUGGAUUCGCAUUUCACACCUUGAAUUCACCUUUUCACAUCCUUGUCCCAACAACCCUUUUUCAUUUCUUCCGUUGAUUCAAGCUCCUCAACCUCUAACCCCAUCUGGGUCUUUCUCUGAUUUCCUCUUCAUACACCAAAUUUUCCGAAGGAGAAAUAAAGGUCAAAGAUUUCUCAGAAACUUAGGUAAAGUUGCAGAUUUGAUCCAUUGAUCAAUGGGAAACUGCUGUGUGGCUGGUUCUUCAUCUCAGAAGAAGAAGGAAAAAAGAAACAAACCCAACCCAUUUGCAAUUGACUAUGGUGCAACAAAGGCAUCUGGAAGUGGGAACAAGUCUACUGUGUUGAAUGAUCCAACCGGUGAUGACAUUUCGCAGCAGUACAAUCUGGGUCGUGAGUUGGGGAGAGGUGAAUUUGGGAUCACAUACUUGGCCAUUGAUGUGGAAACAGGUGAAAAAUACGCUUGCAAGUCGAUAUCGAAGAAGAAGCUGAGGACUGCAGUGGAUAUUGAGGAUGUGAGGAGAGAGGUUGAGAUCAUGAAGCACUUGCCUAAGCAUCCAAACGUUGUGAGUUUGAAGGACACUUAUGAGGAUGACAAUGCAGUUCACAUAGUGAUGGAACUCUGUGAGGGGGGAGAGUUAUUUGAUCGGAUUGUCGCGAGGGGGCACUACACGGAGAGGGCGGCUGCAGCGGUUAUGAGGACAAUUGUGGAAGUUGUUCAGGCGUGUCAUAGGCAAGGAGUGAUACAUCGUGAUCUGAAACCAGAGAAUUUUCUUUUUGCAAACAAGAAGGAAACAGCUGCCCUGAAAGCAAUUGAUUUUGGACUGUCAAUUUUCUUCAAACCUGGAGAGCACUUUACCGAGAUAGUGGGAAGUCCUUAUUACAUGGCUCCUGAAGUUCUAAAGCGCAAUUAUGGCCCAGAGAUAGAUGUCUGGAGUGCUGGAGUUAUCCUCUACAUUCUACUUUGUGGUGUUCCACCUUUCUGGGCAGAAACUGAACAAGGAGUAGCCCAAGCAAUUAUUCGCUCUGUAAUUGAUUUUAAGAGGGACCCUUGGCCUAAAGUUUCUGAUAAUGCAAAGGAUCUCGUAAAGAGAAUGCUUGAUCCAGACCCACAUAAGCGACUUACUGCUCCGGAAGUGCUUGAACAUCCUUGGAUACAAAAUGCAAAGAAGGCUCCAAAUGUCCCACUUGGUGAAACUGUGAAAGCAAGGCUUAAACAAUUUUCUGUGAUGAACAAGCUCAAAAAAAGAGCUCUAAAGGUGAUUGCAGAGCAUUUAUCAGUGGAGGAAGUAGCUGGUAUAAAGGAAGCAUUUGAUAAAAUGGACAUUAACAAGAGAGGCAAGAUCAACCUUGAGGAGCUUAGAAUUGGGUUGCAAAAGAUUGGCCACCAGAUCCCUGAUGCAGAUCUUCAAAUCCUCAUGCAAGCUGCUGAUGUUGAUGGAGAUGGAACUCUGAACUAUGGAGAGUUUGUGGCUGUUUCUGUUCAUCUAAGGAAGAUGGCCAAUGAUGAGCACCUACAUAAAGCUUUUGCAUUCUUUGAUCUAAAUCAGAGUGGUUAUAUAGAAAUUGAAGAGCUGCGAGAUGCCUUACGUGAUGAAGAUGACACCAACAAUGAGGAAGUCACCAAUGCCAUUAUGCAUGACGUCGAUACAGAUAAGGAUGGACGCAUAAGUUAUGAGGAAUUUGCUGCAAUGAUGAAGGCCGGUACGGAUUGGAGAAAAGCAUCCAGGCAAUAUUCGCGAGAACGAUUCAACAGUCUUAGCUUGAAGUUGAUGAGGGAUGGCUCGAUACACAAAACCAGCUAGGUUCGGUGAACAAGGACAGAAUUAAGAGUCCAAUUGCUGGAAAGAAAUAGGGCAGAGGGUGUUCUGUUUUGAAACUCUUCUGCAUUUGCCCACAGAUUAUUAGUUUCUUGAAUUUUUUCCUCCCAUUGAAGGAGCCGCGGGGGACCAGCAGGAUUGAGGCGAGGCGUCGCGUUCAGCUUAUUUCCCAGUAGUCAUUUUUAGGUUAAUUUGUUGCUUUGAGGUAGUUGUAGUAUUUUUUUGUUUUGUUGCUUUGAAUAGUUGUUGUCUCUUUGUUAAAAGAGGGGAAAAAUCUUGUUGUAAAUUUGUUAGUAUCAACUAGACCCAAGAAAAGAACAAAAGAAUUUGGGACAGCCUCUCUUGUUUGAUAUAACUACAAAAAUUGAGCUAGUGAUUUCCACA